AUGGAAAACAAUAAAGUUACGUCCAAGGAAUCAGCAGAAGCUAAAGAUAUUUUUAAAAGAUUUUAUCACAAAGGAGCUAACAAGGUCUCGGAAAUAUUAUCCCACGCUAGAGAUAUACAGUUCAGGAAAGAACUCGAGGAUCUUGGUGAUGAGUCCAUGCGUUUUUGUGAUACCGCUAUUUAUAGAGUCGUCAUGCAGGUUCUAAUCGUCGGCACUCUUGUUCCGUUACACGUUCUUCUCCAAAAAAAGAAUGAUUACUUCUUCUUGGUAAGAUUCAUAAUGGGGAUGUACGGUUUCUUGCUCUUGGUCGAUAUAGUGACGUCUGUUACCUUCUGGUUAACCGAAAUUGGGAGCCUUAACGAACGGGUUGGAGCUAAAAUAAUGGCAAGUAUCAGUCAUUUCGUGGGCAUUGCUGCAAUCAUCCUACACCUUCGUCUUAUUUCUCCUGUUCUUGCUAUGUGCUUGGUCAUACCAGUUCCUCUGUGGAUCUCUAUUACCCUACUCUACCGAUGUUUUACAGCUUACUUUAGAGAUUUUCUGGCUGAUUAUUGA